AUGCCCACCUCAUUCACAGUCUACGACCACUGGACCCAGCUCGCCGUGUUUGUGCGCCACCAUUUCGAAACCUCGACUCCACUAGUCCUGUUCCUCAACUGUCCCGACCAGAUCAAGUCCCAGCUGCGCUCGUCCAUGUCCUCCAUCCUAACCAGCGAUCCGUAUUCCUGGCACGCUGCCUUCGCAACCCAAAUCAGGGAUGCGUACGACCAAGCCAUUUGGGACCUCCGCGGGGUAGUCUGGGAAGUCGAGGCCUACCAAAAACAACUCGGCAGCUUCCAACCCCAAUUCACUCUCCUCCACGACAUGGCCAGACAUAUCAGCCACAACAAGGAGAUCCUGGAUGUCGCAUCAGACACGUUGGACAGUAUACUGUACGAACAAGCGGUGCUGGAUGAACAGCAUCCCCGGCCGGCGGACAGGGUACCCUGGCACGUCAAAGACGUUCAUCGGCAGUUGUAUCUCACGUCGAAAGGGAUCCGGGCGACGAAGCUGCGAUGUAUAUCUCUCAGCGAGCGACUGCAGAAUGAGAUCAAUUUGGCAUUCAACAUCGUCUCCCAACGCAACAACGAAGCCUCGGUGCAGAUGGCCCAGAGCGCCUUGGUGGAUAACACGAUGAUGAAGACGGUGGCGAUCGUCAGUCUGGUUUAUUUACCGGGGACUUUUGUGUCGGGUAUCUUCGGGAUGAACUUCUUCAACUUCGAUACCACUGAGUCUGGGGCUAUGGUGUGGGCCUUGUCGGAUAAUUUCUGGUUGUACUGGCUUGUUACGAUUCCACUGACGCUUACCACGAUGGCGGUGUGGCUACUCUGGUUCAAUCGGGAUGUUAUUACAAGGGUGCUUUGUGGAUGGACAGGUGGAAGGCCGGGGAAGGGCUAG